AUUCACUUGAAAUCAAAGCAAAAGGGGCUGUUUGAUUAUUGGUCACCAUCUGAACCCAAACUUCACCUUCCUCUGUCAUGUUUGUUCAACCCCAUAACCUCUUUCUCUUCUUAUUUUCUCCCUUUUUAUUCCUACUUCCAUUCCUCUUUUCUCUAUUCUAUCCAUUUUCUUCACUUUCUUAGAGAUUCUUGAAAUUAUGUAAUAGGUUCAACUUGGGAAAUUAUUGCUGUGACAUGCUAGCAGGGAAUUUUCUUUGAAAAAUUCUGUAAUAAUCAUUGUCUCUCCACCCACAUGCUAUAUGGUAUUAUUACUGAUGAUAUAUUACUUGAUAGCAGUAAGAAUUUGAAAGUUCUUGGAAAUUUCUCCUCGUUGACAAAUUUCUUAAAAGAGUCGGCUCCAUGAUUUAAAUUUAAUUGUUCAAUAUUUUGGUUCUUAUCACCGAACCCAUUACACUCUUUUUCUUUUUUUACUAUAUAUCUGUAUUUCGUAUUGAAAAUACUGGUUUUAGUUGAAUCUAUUGAUAGAGAGUCAUCAUUCACAAUGAAUAGUCGUUACUUCAUUACGACAGACUCGUUAUGUAGUUCUAGAGUUGUUGUUCCUUUACCGACAAUUGCAACUGAAGUUGUGGAAGAAACAAUGGAUGUUAAUGUUAGAAACAUGUCUUCAUCAAGGACACCACUUUCGUCAUUCUUGAUAAGAAUGGCUAUUAGAAUAUCAAGAUCAAGGUGUUUCAGUUUCUUAAGAAGGGUUUUUCAUUACCAAAAUGGUUCAAGAUCAGAACUUGGUUCAAAUCCUUUUAAUUCUGUGAUUUGGAUGAUGAUGGAGUGCAUAGCUUUAAGUAUUCAGAUAAUUGUCACAACAUACACACUGGCUAUUUCAAAGGAAGAAAGGCCAGUUUGGCCAAUGAGGAUUUGGGUAUUUGGAUAUUCUUUUGGAUGUGUACUUAGUCUGAUUCUGCUUUAUUGGCGCUAUUGGGCAUUAUAUAUCAGGCAAAGAGAUGAUUCUGAUAUUGAGCAGCAAAUAAACCAUGAUGAAUCAAGGGCCUUGCCGCCUCUGCUGGAGAGAUGUCGGACUUGUAUAGAAUUAUUCUUCGCCAUAUGGUUUGUAAUGGGGAAUGUUUGGGUGUUUGAUUCACGCUUUGGAUCAUUCCAUCGUGCUCCAAAACUUCAUGUCCUCUGCAUCUCACUGCUAGCUUGGAAUGCUGUCACUUACUCUUUCCCCUUCAUAUUGUUUGUAUUGUUAUGCUGUUGUGUGCCACUAUUGAGUAGUCUUCUUGGCUAUAACAUGAACAUGGGAUCGCUCCAUCGAGGCGCAUCUGAUGAACAACUCUCCAAUCUACCAAGCUGGAAAUACAAUGAAAUUGGAAAUAAACAGGAGUUUCAGACUUCAGCUAUAGAUAAUGAAAAUGCUGAAUGUUGUAUCUGUUUGGUCAAGUACAGAGACAAAGAAGAGAUCAGACAAUUGCCUUGUUCUCAUAUAUUCCAUCUCAAAUGUGUGGAUCAAUGGCUCAGAAUUAUAUCUUGUUGUCCUCUCUGUAAACAGGAAUUAGAGAGGUAAAAAUGCAAGAAAGCUCAUGAUAGUACUAAUACUUCAUUUGUGUUUUUUUUUUUUCUUUUAAUUUUCUUGCCCAAGUUUUAAAGAAAAGGUCAACACAAAUUGCAUGUAAAACAUAGUUACUAGAGUGAGCAAAAAGUUAUUGUAAAUUAUAGUUCACCAGUGACUAUGCUUCUUGGUGAGAAAGUAUUGAGAAGAAUCAAGAGAAGUUGAUGGUGCAAGAGUUAUUUCCUUUUUGGGAAGAUAUUAUUUAACUCUUCCCAAUAUCAUUUUGUAUCUCUUUCUGUAUUGACUACCAGUGUGAUGUUAAAUUCAAAAGCUUAGUAGAGGCUUCUUAAAGCAAAAUGGAAAUUAGUCAGCUUUGUCGAUUUGGAAUA